UCCCCCCCUUCCUAAUUCUGCGUGUGCGCGCUCGAGGCAGGCGUCUGCGCAGUGGAUGCUCCUGGCUCCGCGCCGUUAGCCGCUAUAUGCUAGGAAUAACGUUAGAGCGGUUGCCGCGAUCAGAGUGCCACGGAUGACGUAGCCUUCCCAAGGAUUCAUCAGCUACGUAGAAAAUGAGCUUAACAUCCUGGUUUUUGGUGAGCAGUGGAGGCACCCGCCACAGGUUGCCACGAGAGAUGAUUUUUGUUGGAAGAGAUGACUGUGAGCUGAUGUUGCAGUCACGUAGUGUGGACAAGCAGCAUGCUGUAGUUAACUAUGAUUCCUCAACUGAUGAGCACUUGGUGAAAGAUUUAGGCAGUCUAAAUGGGACAUUCGUGAACGAUGUGAGGAUUCCUGAACAGACAUACAGAACCUUAAAACUUGAUGAUAAACUGAGAUUUGGUUAUGAUACUAAUCUUUUUACUGUAGUCAGAGGAGAAUUGAGAGUCCCUGAAGAAGCACUUAAGCAUGAGAAGUUUACAAGUCAGCUUCAGUUAUCCCAAAAAUCCUCAGAGGCAGAGGGUUCUAAGUCAACCGGUGCCAAAACUGUGGAGCAAAAAGUACAAGAUGCCAUUGCCGAAGUACACCACAAAGCUGUGGAGACACUAAAAUCUGAAGAUAAAUCUACAGAUCUUUCUGCCAUGCCUCGGGGCACACCUUUAUAUGGGCAACCAUCAUGGUGGGGUGAUGAUGAAACUGAAGAACAAAAUGGCUGCAAACAAGAUAGUAAACCUGAAGAGAAAAUACAAGAAACUGGAGUUUCAGGAUGCAGCACAGAUGGCAAGCAAGCUGAGGAGCAAUCUGCAGCUGCAAGCGAAGAAGAGACUUAUCCUUUUUGUAGGGAGCCAAGUUAUUUUGAAAUCCCUACAAAGGAAUUCCAGCAACAUUCACAAAUGGCAGAGGGUACUGUUCAUGAGAUUCCAACAAAAGACACACACAUAGCAGGGGCAGGGCAUGCUUCAUUUACUAUUGAAUUUGAUGACAGCACCCCAGGAAAAGUAACCAUCAAAGAUCAUGUCACAAAAUUCACUCCAGAUCAGCGCCACAAGCCUAAGAAGCCUUCUCCUGGCAGUCAGGAUCUUCCUGGGCUUCAAUCUGUGAUGAUGGCACCAGAGAGUAAAGUGGCAAACUGGUUAGCACAAAACAAUCCCCCAACAAUGCUCUGGGAAUCAACAGAGGAAGAUUCAAAAAGUAUUAAGAGUGAUGUUCCAGUCUACUUGAAAAGACUGAAAGGAAAUAAACAUGAUGAUGGAACACAGAGUGAUUCAGAAAAUGCCGGAGCACACAAACAUUACGGCAAGCGAUCAGUGCUUGAAGAACAGUUAAGGCAUCAUUAUACUGAACAAAAAAAGCAGUAUGCAAAAGCCCAGGAGGCAGGAAAACACUCAGACCAACCUGCUUUAAGUCAGACUGCUUUUAUGAUUGAAUUUUUUGAUGAAGGCCACCCCCGAAAGAGGCGAUCUCAUUCCUUUUCUCAAAAUGUGGGAGCUUUGUGCCCUGAAAUGCCUCCUCCAUCGUCUCAUACAAAAACUGAAAAAGUGAGACCUGCAGCGAGUGACUCUAAAGGCAAUCAGUUACCUUUGCAGCAGCAAAGACCCGGACAGGCCAAACUUUUAAAGCAAAAAUCAGAAGAACCUUCGUCUGCAUUGCCUUUCUUACAGACUGCGUUGUUAAGAAGUUCUGGAAGCCUUGGGCAUAGACCAAGUCCAGGUGACGAUAUGGAGAAAAAGUUAAAAAGUCAGCUAGGAGCAGUAACUUUUGAAAAGGAUGAUGAUGACCAGAGUGAUAAAGGUACUUACACCAUUGAGCUGGAAAACCCCAAUGCUGAGGAAGUGGAAGCUCGCAAAAUGAUUGAUAAGGUUUUUGGAGUGGAUGAAAGCCAGGAUUAUAAUAGGCCUGUUACCAACGAAAGCCAGAAAGAUUUAGUAAGAGAUUGGGCUAUAAAUUCUGCUACAAUAGUGCUGGAAGAAAAAAGACAACUGAGUACCACUGGAUUUCUUGACACAGAGGAACGCUCUGGUACAUCUGGAAGCAAACGCUGGGUGUCGCAGUGGGCCAGUCUGGCUGCUAACCAUACAAAACCUGAUGAAAACGAAUUGCGUGUAGAAUCAUCCGCUUCUCUAGAAAAUGAUGCUGACAUCAGUGAAUCUGGAAUAUCUGUUAAAAGUGCUGGCUCAGUUACCUCUUUGACGAGCCUAGGAGAUCGAAAAAGAAGAACACUACCUCAAUUGCCUAAAGAGGAAAAUGUUACAGAAGGCCAAAAAACGAAGGUUACAACUCAUCAGAGAUCGGAGAUAGGAGAAAAGCAAGACACUGAGCUUCAAGAAAAAGAAACUCCUACCCAUAUCCAAAAAGAAAUAGGACAGGAUAUUGAGACAAGUCUGACUAAAACUGGAAGAGUAGUGAAUGGCCUUUCUCCUAAAGGUGAUAAGACAUUUUUUCAUUCCAAUGGUGGUUCUUCCUCUGGGCAGGAGAGAAGUGAAAAUGGCCAGGAAACAUCAAUGGUAAGGCAAGCUUUAGCUAAAAUGCAACAGCAAGAGCAAAGUGAACUAGCACACUGGAUCCCCACUAAAUUGUCUUCAGCAAAAUCUUCAAAUCAGUUUGAAAAAGUGAGAGAGGAGAUUUCAGCUUCCAGUAAAAUAGGCAAUAAAGAAAAAACAUCAGGACGUGGUGCAGGCAAAACUGAAAUAAAAGUGGCACAAAAUGAAGGGAAAAGGAGAAAAGCUGAUGAAACUACAAGAAGUCAAAUUACAAAAGGAUUUGGUGGUGAUAAAAAAGAAUCAUCGAAGCCAUUAGUGAGACAAGGCAGUUUUACUAUAGAUAAACCAAGCUCAAAUAUACCAAUAGAGCUAAUCCCUCAUAUUAAUAAACAAACUGGAAGUACUCCACCAUCUUUGUCUUUAACAACCACAAGUAGAAUAUCUGAAAAAAGUGACUCUGUGGAAACAGAUUCUAGUCUAGAUACUACACUUAUUUUAAAAGAUACAGAAGCUGUAAUGGCUUUUCUUGAAGCUAAGCUGCGUGAAGAAAACAAAACAGAUGAAGGACCUGAAACUCCCAGCUAUAACAGAGAUAAUUCCAUUUCACCUGAAUCAGAUGUGGAUACUGCUAGUACAAUUAGUCUAGUUACUGGUGAUAGUGAAAGAAAAUCAACACAGAAACGCAAAAGCUUUACUACCCUCUACAAAGAUAGGUGUUCCACUGGUUCACCUUCUAAGGAUGUUUUGAAAUCAUCUUCUACAAGCACGAGAGAUAAAAUUGAAAAGAGAACAAAAGGUCGUUCUUCUGAUGCUACUUCUAGAGGUGAUGCACGCAAGAUUGUGCAGAACAGUAGCAGAAUAAGGCAGCCUUCAGUAGAUUUAACAGAUGAUGACCAAACUUCUAGUGUACCUCAUUCUGCUAUUUCUGAUAUCUUAUCUUCUGACCAGGAGACCUGCUCUGGUAAAUCACAUGGAAGGACUCCUUUUACCUCAGCAGAUGAACAUUUGCAUUCCAAAACAGAAGGUGUUAAGUCAGCUAAAUUGAAGACUUCUUCUGCAUCAGCUGGGCAGACCAGUAAGUCAACCACCUUACCAAGGCCUCGCCCUACAAGGACUUCUCUCUUGCGUAGAGCAAGACUUGGUGAAGUUUCGGAUAGCGAGCUUGCAGAUGCAGAUAAAGCAUCAGUAGCUUCUGAAGUAUCAACUACAAGUUCUACAUCCAAGCCCCCAUCAGGAAGAAGAAAUAUCUCCAGAAUUGACUUACUUGCCCAGCCACGCAGGAAUAGACUUGGUUCUUUAUCAGCACGUAGCGACUCUGAAGCAACAAUGAGUAGAAGCACUACAUCAUCUCGCACUCCAGAAGCCCUAAUUAGAAGUGGCGUUAGACUAACACCUCCAGCAGAUGGUACUAAAGUUCCUCCUAGAGUUAGAGCAAAUAGCAUUUCUCGACUAUCGGACUCCAAAGCCAAAUCUUUGACUUCAACCCAUAAUUCUGCAUCAGUAAAUUCAAGAUGGAGGCGCUUUCCUACAGAUUAUGCUUCCACCUCAGAAGAUGAAUUUGGAUCAAACCGUAACUCUCCUAAACAUGCCCGUCUACGUACUUCUCCAGCCCUGAAAACUACUCGAUUGCAGAGCAUUGGAACUCCAACCCAAGCUAGCAAUAUCUUCAAACAUAGAAUAAAGGAACAAGAAGACUACAUCCGCGAUUGGACUGCUCAUCGAGAAGAAAUAGCAAGGAUCAGUCAGGACCUGGCUCUGAUCGCACGGGAAAUCAAUGAUGUAGCAGGAGAGAUAGAUUCGGUGACUUCAUCAGGCACUGCUCCCAGUACCACAGUAAGCACUGCUGCCACCACCCCUGGCUCUGCCAUAGACACUAGAGAAGAGGUAGGAGAUCUUCAUGGAGAAAUGCAUAAGCUAGUUGACCGUGUAUUUGAUGAAAGUCUAAACUUCAGGAAGAUUCCUCCAGUAGUAAAUGCUAAAGCGCCCAAUGGGAACAAUCGGCCCAACGAUUCUAAACCACAGCCUACAGAUCUUCCUGAACCCCCAACAAUUACUCGCCGACGAACCUGGAGCAGGGAUGAAGUUAUGGGAGACACCUUGCUGUUGUCUUCAGUAUUCCAGUUUUCUCGGAAAAUUAGACAAUCCAUAGAUAAAACAGCUGGCAAAAUCAGAAUACUGUUUAAGGACAAAGACCUGAACUGGGAAGACAUUGAAAAGAAACUGCGAGCUGAAAGUGAGGUUCCAAUUGUGAAAACGUCAAGCAUGGAAAUAUCAUCGAUAUUACAAGAACUGAAGAGAGUGGAAAAACAACUACAAGUGAUCAAUUCAAUGAUUGACCCUGAUGGAACAUUAGAUGCUCUGAGCAAUUUGGGAUUUGCUAACCCAGUUCAAGCCACUCAACCUAAGCAGAAGCCAAGCCCUGUUUCUCAAAGUGUUCAUCCUCAGACACAACAAAACUGCCAACCAGAAGCAAGGGCUGUUCGACCAGCCAUUGUGACUGCUUCAAGUGAACUUGGCAGUGUUGAAUCUGAGCACGAUUUCAGCAUACAUUUUAACAGAUUCAACCCUGAUGGAGAGGAAGAAGACCCAGCUUUGCGUGAAUGACAUAAAUGUUGUCAGUACCUUUUAGUAUUGAAUGUGUAGCAUUCUUUUUGAGUCAUAGAGUUGUUCAUUCAAGAGUUUAAAAGCUUGGUAAAAAUUGCCAUUGCUUUGUUAUACCAACUAUUUAACUGUGAUGUAUUGGAUGUCACACAUCUCUUGAGGUAAACAUGGGAACCAACAGAGGAAAAGCAGUUUGUGAUGAUUUUGUGGGCUAUGUAACCAUUUAUUUUUGCAUUUGUCCUCCAUAUAGUUUACUUAGCUUAAACAGACUGUUAAAGGGACAUAGGCAGGUGCAGCUCUAGCAUUAUUAAACUCCUAAAUCUCCUGUGUCAAGUUGGUAUGUAACUGGGUAUAAAAAUUAUUAGUCACUUAAGUUUGAUUCUAAGCAAGAGGAUCUAAAAUAAGGGGUAUGCCACAGCACAUUAUGCUAUAAAGAAGGAUUGACAAAGCAUUCAUUCCUGUGUACUGAAUUUCAAAAUGUUGUAAUUUUUAUGUAAUUUCAUUGCUACAUAAAUUAUCUUGAUGUUUACAAAACUCAGAUAUUAUGUUUGCACUAAGAAUUUGCUGGGACUGGCAAGUGAACAUAACAGCAUCAUUAGGAGCUAAUAAUUUUCAUGUAUAUAGAAAAUUGAUUGUAAUUGUCCUUAAAAAACAAAAACAGUGGGGUGUGAGUCCACUUUCCAAAAGGAUCCAUUUGACCCUUGCUGAUCCUGUUCAAUAUGUCUUGUUGAUGAAAGUAAAAUUUCUUAUCAGUUCUGUUUAGAACUAUAAAAGCAGUUGCAAUGUAUAACUAAGUCUAUUGUUUGAAGUCCUUGUAUUACCAGGGUCAAAUGCAAAAUACAUAACAAGCACUCCUUGAUAUGAUCAUGAAUUGUAAAAAAAAAAUUUUAAAGGACUUGUCAAUAGAAUAGUGAUCAUCUAGUCAAUAAACUCACUCCAGGCAUCCAAAGCGUUGGCAUUUUCCUGUAGACUUUGUACCAAGUUUUUGACUGUACAUCAAGAAUUCCAGAAGAAGCCUGCUAACACAGGGCUUUUACUCAUACUUCUUAACAGCAGAGUUAUAUAAUGUCUCAUUAUGAGCCUAUUUACCUUUAAAGUUGUCCCAGUAACUUAAAAUUUGGAAAUUAUAAAAGUAAACAACCUUACAUUUCCAGAACACUGAAGAUCUUCUGUUAACGGAACUAAUGACUGGAAUUUUCCUAUGUUUUUCCAUCAGUCUAUAUACUAAGGUUACAUAAACAAUUUUGAAGCUUUUGUGAAAUAGUCUUUAAUCUUUCAGCAAUAAUCUUGUGUCAUUUGUUUAAAAAUACUUUUUCCUGUACGUUUUUAAACUACACAGUUUUGAAGUCAUUGCAAAGUUUGACCAAUUAAAUAUACAAAAACCAUUUUUGUAGAGAUGUGUAAAUUUAAAAUCCAAUAAAUCUGUUGUGUACUGCGUUAAGGGGGGGGGGGUUAAAUUAAAACAACCACUUGUUAUCUGUAUCCCACUCACUCUCCAUUAACAAUAAUAGUCAGGAAAACGUUUGUUUACGGAUGCUGUUAAAGUUUCAGCUGAUAAAAGCUGAACUACACAGAGUGACAUGACUUUGGCCAUCAUGAUUUCUUCCUCAUUAUUUUCAAUGCUUGGAAAAAGAACUGCAAACAUAUAACUGUGGAAAAAUAGGAAAUGGUUAUGGAAAAAUUAAAUAGUUUAAGCUCUUAACACGAUUUUUUGCAUUCUUUCAGACUCUACACCUUUUGUGUUCUGUAAUGUUUGCAUUUACAAUGUUCUUUGUAUGGACUCAUACUCCUUAUUUAUUUUUGUUACAUUUAUUAUGUACGUUAUUGUUAUAUGCAUUUACAAUUCCAUUUUUAAAUAAAGUGUUUCUGGAACUUUGUAAAAUAAUCUGAUUCAUGUGUGCUUUAACUGUGCAAGCUAUUAAUUGUUCUUUCUGUCUGAAUCAUUCAGUAAUUAUAAAGGAAUAUGUUCUUAAAUAUACUGUACAAUUGUGUUCGAGAAUUUUUGCAAUUUUUUAACUCUAUGAAGAAUAAUAAACCACUUUAUAUGGAAAUUUGUGGGUAAAAAUAAGGGGUAAAUAUAGUAAUACAAGCUUGAAUUUUACUUUAUUUCUUUUAAAAUUAUGCUGUACAGUUGAAACAAAUAGAAAAAUAAAGCAGUAUGUUAUGUGAA